UCGUCGCCCGCCCAGGCCUCCGCAGCCGCUCCGCCGGAGGUGCCCCGAGUCCGGCGCACCGCCUCCCUAUCGCGCGGCGGCGCUGGCCCCCUUCCCCCACCGCAAGCCUCCUCGAGUCCUCGACCGCUUCAACCCAGCCGCUCUUCGUCCCCGGAGAUAUAACCCAUCGUUAGUGGAAACCUUCCUCCUGGGUUUGAUUCAAGUACAGGCCACAGAGUGCUGCAAGAAGCCAUGGUGUGGGGAGGUCUGUUCUUGAGCUUGGGUCGGCCCACGCAGGAGCAGCAGAAGUCCUGCCUUGCAGCGGCCGGUGGCUUCAACUACGACGCAGAUCUCCGUGGCGCCACACGCCUGAUAUCAGCAUCGGCCUCAACCGCUGAAUCUGCUGCUGGUGCUGCUGAAACAAGUGAUAAGGCUCUUAUGGAGCGCGGCUUCUUUGUGAACCGAUCGCGUGUUCUGAUUGGAUCAGGUGCCGACACCUUCGUCCAGGCCAAAACCGCACUCCUGUCUUGGAGGUUUCCGGGAAAUGGUUUUUGCAGGCACUUGUCACUGGGGUGGGCGAAUGUGGAGCCGGAGACGGUGGUGAAGGUGGGAACCAGGUUCUGCAUCUGCUACAAGGAGGUGAUCCCCUGGGUGAUGCUGCCGCUGCAAAUUGCCUAUGUGAUGGACGGCUCCAAGUCCAAGGGGAGCAGAAGCAUGUUUGCUUUCGGUAGCGGCACGCUGCAAGGCCAUCUGCUGGCCGGGGAGGAGCGUUUCUCAGUGGAGGUGGACGAGGAGGAUCGGGUGUGGUACGAGGUUGUGUCCCUGUCGAAGCCAGCCCACGUCCUCGCCACACUCUGCUACCCCUACGUGCAGCUCAGGCAGAAACAUUUCGCGCACCAAUCGGGUCAGGCCAUCCGCAAGCAUCUAUCCACCGCCAAGUAGCUACCUGCUCUAGCUAGCUGGCUGCUCAUUUCUUUGUUGAUGACAUGACAUGAGUAAGCAGUAACAAAGGUUUAGUUCUGAUGGAUGGGAUCAUCUGCCUCUCUCUUGAUCCACCCAACCCAAGAAUAUACAGAUAUAUGUACUGGUGGCCGGGAAGGUUGGCACGUCGUGCGCAGGAUCGCGCCUCUAUAUAAUUUAGCAUGUAUCUUUGUCCCUUUCUUUUUAGAUAGAAAAGGCAGGAGGCAAGAAAGUUAAGAUGACCUGUCCAUAGCGAUUGACGAGAUGUGGUACAUACUGGUGAAUGACUAUUUACCCAGCAACAAUCCGGAUGACAUGAGGGUAAAUAGUAGGUUGUCACUUUGUGUAUCCUAUUUGAAAUGCAUGAGUCACAUAUGAUUUCCCUUAUC